UUAUUUGUAUGUAGUUCCUUUAAUUAUCCUUUAAAUCUCGUUCAAUUCCGUCUUAAAUUGUCAAUACCCUACUGAUUUUAUCUUUGACCUUUUAUCUAUUUUUAUUAUGUGAUUUUAUUGUGUAUUAUUUUUAAUUUAUUAUCAUUAUCAAUAAAUAUAAAUCAGUAUGAAGUUACAUUUCUUAACAUUUUCUCCAGAUGCCAAAUACUUCUUACCAAACUGUGUUUCUGUAUUUCUGCUUCAGUAAAAAUAUCAUUUUGAAAUCUCUACAUGUCUCCAGAAUUCUUCCACUUCUAUAAUCUUUCUUUCUAUUUUUAAAAUAAGUUUUUGUAUCUAGCAGUUGUUUUAUGCUAUUGUUGUGCUUUCCAAUAUGAAAUUUAGAUAGAAGAAAACAUCAUUUCCCACUUUCUUUUCCAUAUACGACUUAAAUAUUACUUUAUCAAUAUAAAUUCCUAUGAUAUACAUGCCUAAAAUUAUGGCUUAAAUAUAAAUUAAUCAGUCAAAAAUGGUCUAUAACUAGUUCAAUUUUAUGUAUCAAGCAAAUAAAGUGUGAUAACUUAGUCAUUUUUUGGGAGGGAAAAAAAAAUUGGAGUUAAUCUAAAUUUGGUAGGCCGUAGUGGAACUUUACCUUAUAUUAUUUAAACUAUAAUCCAUUAUUAUAAAUUAUUUGUUUCUUUAUUUUUACAAUGAUUUUAUUUUACAACCUCGCUCUUAACCUCUUAAAAUUCUUCCACUUCUAGCAAGGAACGUAGUUCUUAGAGCAAGAUAUCUUUCGAAGACGUGGUACCAUUUUUUAGUCAUUUUAAGUGGUACUUUGCUAUCUAUUUACGCUAAAAUUGUUCAUCCAAAAAAUUGCGAACAAUACGCACAAUAGAGUUAAGCCCGAGAAGAAUUCGGUUGUCAAUGUUCUAUGCUAUCAACCGAAACGAACGUGGACAGUGUACUUAAACAAUCAAUAGUCUUGACCACAAGUUUAUGGAAGAAAAUACAGGGUGUCACUCCAAGUAUUUGUACAAGUAAGAAGAAAAGAUAGCAAAGCAAAUGAUUCACUAUUAUCUUUGCACCACACUCAUCGACCGGAGACAUCCUCUUGAAUUAUGACACUGUUCAAUUUACUAUACUCUGGAGAGUUAAGAUAUAUGAUCAUUUUAGUAUUAGAAUGAAGGAAAAAACGUUCAAGAUGUACAUCAAAUGCAGAAAAUUGGCUGCGGUAACACAUCAAACCGAAUGAUUGAUUACUCGGUAUCAGCGGUGUGAUGUCAAGAGAAGGAAAUAAAGAUAUUUUAAGUAAAAUUGGUUCUGAGUCGGCGUAAAGUUCUUAUCCAAUAAGCUGUCGUGGUAGAACAUCAUCGAUUCAAGAACAGGACUGUUUAUAUGACUGUUCACAGUUCUUCCUCACUCUAUACAGCCUGUUGACAACAAUCAGAAAAUGUCCAAAUUACAUCUUUUGUGCGUCGUCUUUAUCCUUGUCUUCCAAUUCGAGGUGUUCAAGUGUUUGGCUAUGGAAGAUUACGCCGUGGAUCCAAACUGGCAGAACGAGUUUCCCGAUUAUUUAGUAGAGAAAGAUAAACGUCAUUUAGCAUCAAUGGCAAAAAACGGAAGACUCCCUUCCGCUCAUUUCAACGGAAAAAGAUCCGAUUCCGAUAACGAUUCAACGGGAAAUAUUGAUCAAACGGAGUUUAUUUCGGGAGAUAAACAGAACGAAUCGGAAUUGAAACCACCAGAAUUAAUUACGGAACAAAAACGUCAUAUAGGGGCUUUCCUGAAAUCUCGAGGUCACCCGCUUUCAGCGUUUCAUAGUAUGACACGAGGAUGGGAUUUAGAAAACGAAGACAAUCCCGGUAAGAGGAAUAUAGCAGCAUUAGCGAGAAUGGGAAGACUUCAAGCGAAAAGCUGGCCUUACGGAUUAAACAGAGAAGAUGAAGAUAAGGAUACGGAAUGCAUGGAAGAAAAGACUAAUAGCAUACGCGAAAAACGAUACAUCGCGGCAUUGGCUCGUAAAGGUCGUUUGCCACCUCUCAGAGGAUUUCGUCCUCAGUGGUUUAGCGAUAAGAGGACAAAAAAUCAGGAAAUGUAUCUCUGGUCUCCUUACAGAUCGGCUAAAUCCUCUACCGACAAAAGAAUCCAGAAAGACGUGGGAAAAACUAAGAAAUGUAAAAAAAAUAUAGAAGAAAUCAUAACUCCCGAGGAAGAGAAUCUCUUAGGUUUAGAUUUGAGCGGUCUUCAAAAGAAAAAUGUGGCAUUAUUGGCGAGGAAGGGGCUCCUUUCCUCAAGACCAUUUGUACCCAGAGAUGUGUAGAUGUGACUUGUCUUUUUUUGUUUUUUUCUUUGUUUUUUGCCUUAUCUUAGUGGUAACUAUGAAAAAUAUGUUCCUUUUCUUCAUCAUCUCUCAUCAACAAAUUAUAAUAUAUAGUCCAUAUUAAAAGUUUACUUGUUGAAUGUUUGUUAUAUAUUAUAUGAUCAAUGUUGUAUUGUAUAGUAGAAUUAUUCUAAAAUAAAUAUAAU